ACUAAAUAACUUUGCAAUUUACAUUGGGAAUGAGGAGUGCAUGACAUACAAAGGUGAAAUUAACACCCCACAUGAGAUAACAUGCGAUGAAGCCAAGCAUGGGCGGUCAAUUAUGAUAAAAAUGAUGGAUGACACGCCUAGUCAACUAGCAUUGUGCUAUGUAGAAGUACAUGCAAAAGUCCACUGCACAGAACAACUUAUAUCUGGAAAUAUCUACCAUGUUGACGAUGCUAGAUUAAGUGCAUCAAGCACUUGGGAUGAACGUCAUGGAGUACAGAGAUCUAGAUUAAAUACACCGGGCAAUUCUACCCUGGUAGGAGCCUGGUCUGCUAGAAUAAAUGAUUUAAACCAGUGGAUUCAAGUUGACCUUGGUGAAGUUAUGUUAGUGAGUGGAGUUAUUACCCAAGGAAGACCUGAUUACAUACAAUGGGUUAC